AUGAGUUCCAAUUCUCCGAAAUAUUUCGUUCAAAGCUUAAAAGGAAAAACUGUAAUAGUAAGACUAAAUAAUGGAUCAGAUUAUAAAGGUAUAUUAGCAUGCUUAGAUGAACGUAUGAAUGUUACGUUAGAGCAAACCGAAGAAUAUUUUGAUGGCGAACUAAUCGAAAAAUAUAAUGACGCUUUUAUUAGAGGAAAUAAUGUUUUUUAUAUAAGAGCAAUUGAUGAUGAAUAA